UGCUGUAUUGAAAUAUUUACUGAAGACUUCUAUUGUACAAAUUGCUCUGGGUGGGAGUCAUCUCACUUUUCUGGCCUGUUUCUCUUGGGCCACCUGUUUACCGCUGCCUUUGUUCCUUGAAGCAGGACUGAAUUCUUCAGAGAAUCUGUUGAGAAAUCCACAGUGAUUGUUGUGUAUUGGCUCUAAAAAAACCCAGACAAACAAAAAAGAAACCCAGCACUGAUGUUCUUCUGGAUCUUUUCUGCAGAGGCUCAUGACAGUGGCUGUUUUGGAGUAGAGUUUCAUCUGACAGGUUGCAAAGAUGUCCCCUGCACGAGCUUGGUGUCAUUUAAAAGCUUUCAUAAUGGGGGACAUGAAAACCCCAGACUUUGAUGACCUCUUGGCUGCUUUUGACAUCCCUGAUCCGACAAGCCUUGAUGCCAAGGAGACCAUCCCACCAGCUGGGGAGGAGAAUGAGAAUCACCUGAAGUCAUCAGGAAUCUGCAUCGAUGAGAACGUGUCCUUAUCCCACUCUUUGCCUCCCUCUGAUACUCCUGUUGUGAGUGUGAUAGUGAAGAACACGAGUCGGCAGGAGUCCUUUGAAGCAGAAAAGGAGGGGAAUCACCUUGGUACUGGUCUGCUACACAAUGGGUUUCGUGGGUCUGAUCUGCCAUCAGAGGCUCAUGCUUUAGUCCAUAAUUAUGGCAAGUUUGAGUCAACUUUUAUUAAUGGCGACAGCUCAAGAAGUUACUCUGAUAAACUGGAGCAGUCCAAGUCAGAGCCUUUGCCAACAUUUAGUCAGUUUAGCCCAAUUUCCAGCCCUGAACCAGAGGAUGCAUUCAAAGAGAACAGCAUUGCUGAUAAACCCAAACAUGCCCAAACACCAUAUUUUCCACCACCUUCAAUGUAUAUACCAACAGGAGCUUCAGUACUAGAUCAUCUUAGAAAGGUACCAGAGCCUGAAUUAAGCAUGUUUGAUCAAUACUGUAAAAAGGAACAAAAGAUGGAAAUCCACUGCCAGCCGGCAAAUAGGCCGGAAAUGAGCAGGAGAGAACAAGACAAAGCAGCAGAGAGGUUUUUGGAGUCAAGCAAGGAGUUAGUAGAUACCAAUAGCUUUCUUGGAGAAGGCUUGGUGUUUGGAGACCUCCCUCACAAUAAUUUAGGAGAAAAGGGGUCUGUGCCCGAGGUGAGCAUGUCUUCAUCAAUACCACCUCGCCAGAGGUUAAAGCCAGCUCAUUCGAAGUUGUCAUCCUGCGUGGCAGCGUUAGUAGCUCUUCAGGCCAAAAAGGUUGCAUGUAUUCCAAAAGGUGAGCAACCAAAUCUUACCAAGGAACCUGGUCCUUUUAAAGAUGGGAUGAAGGGAAGUCCAAAAAUGCCCAAGUCACCAAAGAGUCCCCGAAGCCCUUUAGAGGUGGUAAGAAAGGCCAGCAAGCAGCCCGAGAGUCCUCAAAGCGUGUGCAGCGACAGCAGUGGGAAAGGCUCUCCUUCCUUGGCAGCUGGCUCUCCACCAGCUAUUCCCAAGGUUAGAAUAAAGACUAUCAAGACAUCUUCUGGUGAAAUUAAAAGAACUGUAACUAGAAUUUUGCCAGAAAAUGAUGAGUUGGGCAAAACUUCAGAAGAGUCGCCUGUGGAAACCUCAUCUGCCGAAGAGUUUAUCAAAUCUUUUCCAUCCCCUGACACUAGUGUAGUUAUGGAAAGCGAGGCCAGCAAGAAUUCAACCAAAAAUGGGGCUACUGUGGCUAUCCAGCUGUCAAGCAUAACAAGUCCUUACGCAGAUAGCAUGAAAACAGAUAUUGCUGCAAACAGCACGUGUACUGUGUCUUUAUCUCCACUGCCAAACUGUGGCAGUGGUGCCAUAAAAGUAGGUGUUAAGAGGCAGCAGCAGGGUAUCGUGAUGCAGCCAUCCAGUGUCACCACCUCUAGCCUUCUUCCCAAAGCCGUGCACUUGGCAAAUCUCAACUUGGUCCCACAUAGUGUUGCUGCUUCUGUUACGGCAAAGUCAUCUGCACAGAGGCGAAGUCAGCCUCAGGUGACACAGAUGUCUGUGCCCCUGGUGCAUCAAGUCAAGAAAGCUGCUCCCGUCGUCGUGGAAGCUUUUAAUAAAGUACUACACAGUGCCAAUCCGGUGCCGAUAUAUACUCCAAACCUUAGUCCUCCGCCUGACACCAGUAUUAAUUUACCUGCCUCUGGGUACUGUUGCCUGGAAUGUGGGGACUCAUUUGCCUUAGAGAAAAGCCUGACUCAACACUAUAGUAGACGAAGUGUUCAUAUCGAAGUCAUGUGCACUCAGUGUUCAACUAUGCUACUUUUUUUUAAUAAGUGUAGUUUGCUUAAACAUGCCAGAGAUCAUAAGAGCAAAGGAUUUAUCAUGCAGUGUUCUCAGCUGCUAAUGAAACCGAUUUCCUUAGACCAAAUGUUUUCACCUCCUGUGAGCUCUUCAGCCUCUCUGGCUCCUCAGACUUUGCACUCGCCCUCUCCUUCGCGUAAGCCCAGUGCUGCCUCAGGAGGUGGGGUAGGAAUUUCUGCUAACACUCAGCCAGCCUUGCCUCUCUAUACGGACCCAUUGAGACUAAUCCGUCAUGGACUUAAGUGUUUAGAGUGUAACAAGCAGGCACAGGAUUAUGUUGCUUUAGCAGCUCAUUACCAGAGAACCUCAGAAGAUAAUGAGAGACUGACGUGUCAAGUGUGCCAGAUGAUGCUGCCCAACCAGUGCAGUUACUGCGCUCACCAGAGGAUCCACGCUCACAAGUCUCCGUACUGCUGCCCAGAGUGCGGCGCCGUCUGCCGCUCCGCCUACUUCCAGACUCACGUCAAGGAGAACUGCCUGCAUUACUCCCGCAAAGUGGGAUUCAGGUGCAUCCAUUGUGGAGUUGUCUUCAUGACCCUCGCCAUGCUCAAAGUGCACAUCCACGAGAAACACUGCGAAGUCUUCCACAAGUGUUCUUUUUGCCCGAUGGCCUUCAAGUCGGCCGACAGCACCACGACUCACAUGAGCAGCCAGCACCCAGCAGAGCCUCACAAGACUACUCAGGUGAUCUACAAAUGCUCUUGUGAGACGGUCUUUAACAAGAAGAAGCUGCUACAAGAGCACUUCCAGCAGAACACCAACAAGUUGUUAGUGGGAGUGUUCAAGUGCCCACAGUGUCAGCUGGUUUAUAUGCAGAAACAGCAGUUAAUGCAGCAUGUUAAGGGUGUUCAUGGAGUCCCCCAAAACCCUGAGGAGCUCUCAAACUUCCGACAGAAAUCUGAGAAGGCAUCAAGGAACCAGGUUCAUGCCCCAGCAAAGGAGCUGUCAGUGGCCAAUGGGACUUCCCACUCCCCUCUGAUGAGGAGGGGCAUGAGGGUGGAAGGAUACAAUCCCAAAUCCAAGUCCAGGCUGAGAAGAACUGGUUGGACUUGCAAGGAAUGCUCACAGUGGGUCCCAGAUCGGGAAACCUAUGUAUCCCACAUGAAGAGAAGUCAUGGAAGGUCUGUGAAGAGAUAUCCCUGUCGACAGUGUGAACGCUCAUUUAACGCCUCCAACAGUCUGCGCAGACACAUCCGCAAUAAUCACGACACAGCAAAGAAAGUUUAUACUUGCUGGUACUGCACAGAUGAAAAUCAGACAUUUCCUCAGCCGUUCAUGCUGGAGAAUCACAUCAGCCUCAUGCAUGGCAUCAAAAACCCAGACUUAUCCCAGAUGGCCAAAGCAAAAGCUCCAGAGAGAGACACAGCAGAAGCCAGAUCUCCAAAGAGCAUGGCAAUGGAUGAGCUGGGUCAGGCAGAGACCGCUGCGGGUUCGGGCGCGCCGCCAGCCAAAAAACUGAGAGCGCACUGGAAAUGCGCCAAGUGCGGAUUCACAACAGACGUCAGCACUGAGUUUCAGGAACACAUACCUCGGCACAAGACAGACAGCUCCACCUACCAGUGCUUGUUCUGUGGCUUGUGCUACACCUCUCACAUCUCUCUGAACAGACACCUCUUCAUUGUUCAUAAAGUAAAAGAUGAGGAGGAGGAGGAAGAGGAGGAAGAAGAGGAGGAGGAGGAGGAAGAUGCAAGGCAGAAGGUAGAAAGGGAGAUAGGUGAGAAUGGACACGAGGGCUAUAAUGGUGAGAUGAACACUACAACAGAAGAAGAAAAUCUGAAAUGUAAGGAGUGCGAAAGUGACUCAGCUCUUUGUGAACACAGUCAGACGUGUGGCGUGGAGGGUCCUAAUAGCACCUCGCAGAACAAUCAUUCAAAGUCUCUUCAGACUUAAAAACAAAAAAAAAACCCUUUUGGUUCGUCGGGUUUUUUUUGUUGGGGGGUUUUUACUCAAAAUACAGGGUGGGGAUGGGGCGAAUCUUUGAAAUAUUCUGUUGAUUUCUUGGGAUGGACAUAGCUUUCCGUUAACCUCUAUUUGUAAGGGAAAUCUAAAAAAGAAAAAACCCAACCCUGCUAUUGCAUCCUAAGCACUAACUCUGCCAGACCAGAGAGGUGAAAAGGGAAAGCAGGGCAAGAAUCCUUGCUGGAGUUUGUCCCAACUCCUGAGGAUCAAGGAGCACUUUCUGCAGCUGCAGUUUCCUUAAGAUGAGCUCUCCUCGAAGUGUGCACUGCCUCAGCCUCUGCCCGGAGCCAGAGCCUUCCCUAUUGCUUUCUUUCUCCUAUUUAUGGCUUGUUUUUUCUCUUCCCAUCCUGCCUUUGUUUUACUCUUUUUAACUCAUAACGCCGUCUCAGCAAAACACGCUUGUCAGGACCAUGCUGGCUGAUCCGGGAUCUUCUGUGUUACACGGGAUGGGUUCAAGCUGUAUGUUGUGCUGUUUUACCUUUAAUUGCCAGAAUAACAACCUUAUUUUCCAAAAUGCA